AAACAAUAAAAAACUGUAGAAUGAAUCUAUAAGGCGCCCUUGUUACAGGAUUUUUCCUAGUUAUAGUAAGUAAACGAAUUAAUCACAUUUUCCUAAUACACAUGUGUGGUUAGUGGCAGACUCAGAAAUUAUUUGUUGGGGUUACGGAUGAGGUGUUCAACCAUAUUUUCAAGUGGUGAGCAGGUUAGGGUUUUUGCCUAAAAUAUACACUAAUUUUUUUUUCAAGGGGCCGGCCGCCCACCCUGGUCGAAGGGUAGGUCCGCCCCUGUGUGUGGUAGCCAAAAUUUUCUUUAUAAACCCAUAUAUGUCUGCCUAAAUCUUCCACGAACUCGCCAUCUAUCUUUGUAAGAAAUGGCUUUAUCAGGAAAGUUAAUUGCUAACGUGGAGAUUAGUAAGAGCGGCGAUGUCUUCCAUGAUAUCCUUAGGUACAAACCGCACGAGGUGGUUGCAGCAUCCCCAGAUAAGGUUCAUGACUGUGAGCUUCAUGAGGGUGAGCGAGGGGUCACUGGAUCAGUCAUCUCUUGGCACUUCACUCAUGAGGGAAAGAAGAAAUUCUCGAAACAGAUAAUUGAAUCAGUGAACGAGGAAAACCAUAUGAUUGUGUUCAAGGUAAUCGGAGGGGAGCUUGUGGAUGAGCUAUACAAGAGCUUCGUAAUCACAUGGCAUGUUGAACCAAAGGGUGAUGGGCAGGUGGCUACAUGGACGUUUGAGUUUGAGAAGCCAGACACAAGUGUACCAUAUCCAACUUCAAUGAUGGACUACCUUUGCAAUCUUGUUAAGGAAUUGGAUGCCCAUAACAACGCUAAAUAGUUCGAACCAACUAUCAAAAUGGAGGGAUAUAGAGUUCCGCGUAAUGUGUGUGUUUUAAUCUACUGUUGAAAGAAUAAAGUUAAGGCAGACAUGGAUGCUUGUGUGUUUGUAUGCUGUAGAAAGCUUGUUAUAUAAUUCCGCAUAAUAUCAUGCAUGGAUAUUCUUCGUAA